UUCAGAGCAAAGCAAAAGCAUAUAUUAUGAUUUUUUGCAGACUGAAGAAGUGCAAGAAAUACAUGACAGCAACAUGGAUGAAAUGUAUACCAGCGAUGGAUCUGUUGAUUGGAAGGGCCAGCGCGCGGUCAAGGAUAAAUCAGGGGGCUGGAGUGUUGGAAUUCUACUGCUUGUGAACCAAGGGCUGGCAACCCUAGCAUUCUCCGGUGUUGCAGUGAAUCUGAUGAUGCUCAUGACAAGAGUGCUGCACCAGGACAAUGCGGAGGCAGCGAACCAUGUCAGCACCUGGCUUGGAACAACCUACAUGUUCUCCCUUGUAGGGGCAUUUGUUAGCGACUCCUAUUGGGGAAGAUACAAGACUUGUGCCAUCUUUCAAAUAGCCUUUGUCACUGGUUUGGUAGAGUUAUCACUGUCAUCCUACCACCUCCUUCUCAGACAUUGUGUUCCUGGCGAUGGAACUCCAAAUUGUGAGCCACCCACAGACGCGGAAAUCAUUCUAUUUUACCUAUCCAUUUACCAAAUUGCCCUGGGAUAUGGAGCCUAUCAGCCUGCUAUAACAACUUUUGGGGCAGAUCAAUUCAAUGAAGAUGACAAAGAGGAAGGAGAAUCAAAGAUCGCCUACUUUAGCUACUUUUACAUGGCUAAUAAGCUCGGCACCCUGUUUUCCAACACUCUCCUAGCAUAUCUUGAGGACAAGGGGAAAUGGGUCCUCAGUUUCUGGAUAUCCGCAGGUGCUGCAUUUGUAGCACUGGUCCUGUUUGUCACAGGGACCCCACGAUUCAGGCACUUCAAGCCUGGUGGCAACCCUUUAACCAGAUUUUGCCAAGUAAUAGUUGCUUCUCUGAAGAAAUGGAGGGUUACCACACCCCUUCGUGAAGAGGAUUUACAUGAAGUUGAUGGGAAACCAGGUGCAAACCAUGGAGGUAGAAAGAUACUCCACACCCCAGAUUUCGGGUUCUUGGACAGAGCAGCAGUGGUAACACUCAAGGACCUCCCUCCCCAAGACCAGCAGCAUCCUAAGAAUAUGUGGGGACUCUGCACAAUUACACAAGUAGAAGAAGUCAAGUGCAUAUGGAGAUUCAUCCCCAUCUGGCUCUGCACCAUAAUCUAUUCAGUUACAUACACUCAGAUGGCCUCUGUAUUUGUCAAACAAGGCACCACCAUGAAAAAUUCUCUCUCAGAAUUUCGUAUCCCUCCAGAGAGCAUGUCCAUAUUUGAGAUACUAAGCGUAGCAGUAUUUGUUCUUUUCUACAGACUAUAUAUUGUCCCUCUCCUAUCAAGACUAUGGAAGGGCAACCGUAAAGGGUUAACCGAGCUUCAAAGAAUGGGGAUUGGGAUUGUUAUCUCAGCAAUGGCUAUGGUUUCAGCUGGAGUUGUGGAGUUACACAGACUAAAAUACACUAAGAAUGAUCAUGAAGCAAACAAGGGCUCGAGCUCAUUCAGUAUCUUGUGGCAAAUCCCUCAGUAUGUGAUGGUUGGAGCUUCUGAAGUGUUUAUGUACGUUGGUCAGAUGGAAUUCUUCAAUAAGCAAGCCCCAGAUGGAUUAAAGAGUUUCGGGAGCGCACUGUAUGUUGCAUCUAUGUCAGCUGGGAGUUAUGCAAGCAGCUUUCUUCUGAGAAUAUUUAUUAAAAUCACUGGAAAAGGAGAUCAAAUAGGUUGGAUAUCAAAAAAUCUUGACAAGGGUCACAUGGACAGGUUUUAUUUUCUAUUAGCAGCACUUGCCACCAUUGACAUAUUUGUUUUCGUGGUAUGUGCCAAGCAGUACAGAUGCACUUUGUUUGAUGGAAAAUUAGUGGUUGCAAAUGACAUUUAGGAUGUGUUGAGAGUCAAGAUGCGAUCCAACUUAGGUUAAGCUGCUGAUAGAUGUGGAUGAAAAAGUGCCUGUAUUUGUCAAUUAACAGCUUAUGCUGCUGCUACUUUUUCAGAACCAAAACAAUAAAUUUAUUUCCUGUUUCAAG